UUGCAGAAUUUAAAACAAAACGGAAUAAACGAUCGAGGAUGGAUUCCACAUUGGCUUAUCGCAUUCAGAAAUCCCAUACAGCAGAAGUUUGUCGUCUCUGUUUGAAAACGCGUUACCUCGUGGACAUCAACGUGAAUCAUUACUUGAGGAUGCAAAUGAUGGAGUGUUUCCCCCAGACUUCGUUAGACGACGGCGAACUACCGCGAUUCGUUUGCGGUGAGUGCUAUCAGUUAGUCGAGAUCACGUACCAAUUCUCCGUUAGAAUGCGCCGUACUGAGGUGUUGCUGCGGUCUUACGUUCAUAUGGGAGGAGAGUUUCCCCGACCAGAGACACUUGAUGCCGAAUACCACCGAGCUCGAAAGCGAUCGGCUUCGCCGGACCUGCAGGGGGAUGACAACCCACCGAGUAAGAAAGGAUGUUCGUCGAAGGAAUCAUCCCGAUCGGGUAAGGAAAAGCGGCAUACUUCACACAACAAGGAAAAGAAGAGUCAAUCUGCGAGAGAACCAUCCAGAUCACAACGAAAAGAGCGGAAAACGCCGAACACAAUCGGUGAGUCGACGUGUUACAAGAAGAACGAACGACAGUCGUCGAAGAACAUCGAGAAGAAAUACGUCAACAGCAAGGGAAGCAGCACCCAAUCACACGAAGAUGUAUUUUGGUUUGGGGAAGCGGUCGAGAAUCGAAACGACUUUUUUGAAGAAGCAGAAUCAACGAGAACGAAAUUUGUCGAACCAUUGAGAAUGUCGUACGACGAAAAAAUUAGAAAAUUGCAGGAAAAUUGUUACAAAAAUAUUCAGAAAAAUCAAUCAAAAUGUACAUGUUAAGUAAGAAGUUGAAAG